UACAAGGCGCUGAGUUGGCAGUCUUACAAGGAAUAAGACAUGAGAGCGACUGGAGAUCGAUCGGCACAGUGCAGAUUGAAAUUACAACGCUGGAAUACAACUCUUUAUGAUGAUGGACGUGGCAGCUUUAGAGAACGAAGAAGAACCAUUUCGUCGUCGUGUUUGUCGCUUCUACUUCUUGCGGCUUUUCUUCACCUAGAAGUUUACAUACCUUUACCUCAACAUCGACGUCCUAGUUGUAGUUAUUCUCAAUAUGUUACCCAUUUUCAUUUUAGUGGCCUGCGUACAUCGGCGGAGCCCGUUUCCCGGACGUCGACGAUGUCCUUACGCGGCAGGGGUUUGUUUUGCAGAGCACGUGGGGGAGUGAUCCCGCGACGCAGUUCAAUGGGUGGAACUAUCCUGCCGCACGCGUAACGAGUUGCAACUCUGUACUAGACAUUGCAGAGGCACUAAGACGAGGAAGCGCGCAUUUUCUGACAGAGAAUCUAGCCCCCAGACAUCGA